UAUUUUGAAAACAGUAUAUAAACUUGUUUUUAGACACAAAAUUUAUUUUUAUAAAUAAACAAAACACUUUCCUUUUAUUAUAUCAACUCGAUCUGAUGAUGAAGAAGAAGUACAAGAACCAUCAAGAGCAUGCCAAUGUGACUGAUACCGGGGCUUCUUUCAACCUUCCCUUUCAACAAUUAGGGUUUCUUUCUACUUUCCCUUUUGAAAAGCUCGAUCACUGUCACCACCCAGAGGUAGAGGAAAGAUACACCAUCAUCGUCGUUGAUCGCUCUGGUCCAACCUCUCGUUCGCUGCCGUCAUCUUCGUUGCACCGCUGUCGUCUUCGUCACGCCACCAUCGUCCAACCAAGACGAGUCUUCCAGGGAAGAGAUAGAGAGCAUUGUCGGAGCAAAUGAUGGACCGAGCUGAAAAUUAAAGCACAAAAUUUGCGUUCAUAGAGUUACAAGUGUAUGAUGAGAAAAUUACACAUGCUUACAGAGAUAGAGAAAGAGAGAGAUAGAGAGAGAGAUAUAAAUAGAUAGAGAAGCAUUGGUGGCGGUUUGUUCUCCAUUAAUAUAAAUGGAUUCAGAUUACUAAUGAAGGUUUUAGGACUUGGAGAUAUCAAGGGCAAAGGUUAAUUGUAGAUCAAACUUCUGGAAAGCUGUGUCGGAUAUUAAGUUCAAGCUGACUCCAGCCCAAAUAAAGAAGUUCGAGGAUAGCUGUUUUGGCCACUUUUUGAAGGCUAACGAGAUACAAUUUAGUGGCCACAUCGUCAAUAGCAUGCUGUAUAGGCAGUGUGUUUGCGAUGACAAAGAUUCUAUGGUAUUCAAUUUUGGAGGGCGUGGUGCUCGAUUUACGCGGAGAGACUUCACCAUAAUUAUAGGUUUACGGUUUGGUUAUGAACCUAAUAGGCGAGUUAACAUCUCUACUCGUAUUAGUGACACAUACUUUCGCAGAAAGCGAAAGGUCACUAACUCGGAGAUAAUCGAAGCUUUCAUGACCGCACAGUGUUAAGACGAUGAUGAAGCCGAUGAUGAUAGAUUGAAGUUGGCGUUAUUAUAUCUCCUAGAGACGGUUCUUCUAGGCAAAGAAAGCAUGGCCACCGCACCUCAUAAUCACUUGGAGAUGGUGGAUGAUUUAGAGUACUUCAAUAACUAUCCAUGGGGUACUUCAUCAUAUACCACCACUAUUAGAUCGUUAAAGAGUGCUUUUGAGCAUAGAGAGUCCAUGGCUUUAAACAUGUCAAAGAGUUAUAGUCUUUGUGGGUUUCCUUUGGCUUUCAUGAUUUGGGGUUUUGGGACAAUUCCUUUGUUAGGUCAAGCAUUUGAAAAGAAGUUGCCGGACAUGGCAUUCCCUCGAAUUCUUAAUUGGCAUAUUUCACAAGUGCCAAGAUUUGAGAAGGCCACUGAACUAUUCGAUCAUCGUGAUUAUCCCGUUCAUGGCUUAAUGAAUGUAACUGAAUUUGAGCAUGCAUAUAUUGGCAAAAUUGCAUGGGAUGUACAUCAUGACAGUACUCCAUACAAUGUUGCACCUGCUGUCCGAGACAAGCCACCACAGGUACCUUUGAGAGAGAGAUUAACUAUCCUUGAAGGUGAAGUGGCUAAUGUACGGCAAGACGUUAAGGAUUUAAGAAUCACCAUGCUUAGAGAGUUUGCAAGUUUGAAGACCAAGCUUGAUAAGUUAAUGAAGCACCAAGGAGUGGGAAUUGGUGCUGAUGGGUUGGGAGAUGGAAUGGAAGUGGACGUUGAAGGGGAUGAAAAUAAAGAAGAGUUUGGUCCUGAUGCGACCCCCGUUGAUAGACAGUCACGUCCAUCUGUUGUAGACGAUGCAGGACAAAGUGUUACGAUUAUCGAGAAAGUGUCUCCAUCAAAGUUUCCUGCCAGAAGACGUGCAAGAAAGGUAGCAGCUGCUAAGCAAAGUAUAGAUAUCGGGAGACAGGAUAGGAAGGCGGCAGCAGCUAUUACAACUCCUUACAAUGUUAGAGGCUUGUGGAAAAAACUAUAGUGCACUUUACCCGGUGCAUCUUCUACUUUGAAGUUCGACCCAUACAAAUCAGUACCCACACGACUUGUAAAAUUUUUUGACCAAUUUAUGAAGUCUAGUUGGGCAGCAAAGGUUGAUAUGGACAUUUUGUCUGCGGGUAAAGACUUUUUCCAGUUGCUUAUAACCAGUGAGAAGUGGCUAAAUCAUGAUGUAACAUAUGGAAGUCCUGCCUUACUUAUUUCGUGUACGUGCCAAUCGAUUCCCUGAUGUUUUUGAUCCUAGUUUUGAGGUGAUAGAUGGAGGAUUUUGGGUAUACAUUGAGCAGUGUUAUGGAAAGUUCUUCGCCAAUCCAUCUAAGCUCCAAUUCUCAUAUGCAAUGCAAGAAUAUGUAUUGGGAAUUCGAAUGAAGGAGUCAAAGCCAUGGAAAUUUGUAAAUCAUUUGUUGAUUCCACUAAACAAGCGCAACAUACAUUGGCUGGUAGGGCACAUGGACUUGAAAGAGCGUUGUAUGACUGUAUAUGACUCAAAUAAGGCUGGCAACCGAAACAGGGGAAAAAUUUAUUUCCAAAAAUUAUGCAUUAUGUUACCUUAUUUACUGCGGUAUGCAUCCUUUUAUGAGCAGCGGCCGGAUCUUAUCGACUCCGUUGAUAAGUUUACAUGUGAAUUGGCACAAAAUUUCCCUCAGCAAAGUAACGGUGGUGAUUGUGGCAUGUUUACACUCAAGACCAUCUAGUUUUUACAUGCUAGAUUACCAGUGACAUUCACACAAGAUGACAUAGAGUUAUUUAUGAAUAAGUAUGUAUAUGAGGCUUACAACAAAGAACUAAGCAUAUGAGCUGGGUGGUGAUGCAUUUUUCUUUCCUGUUGUCAUGUUUAUAGAUGCAUAUUCUUUAUUAUAUUAGACUUUUAAUUGUAAAGAUAAUGGUGGCUUAUAAUGUUCAUUUAACAAAAAUAACGAUGUGUUAUUGAUGUAAGGAUAACUAAUUGACCUUAUAGAAAAUGUGCCAUGUUUAUUUAUUAGAA